CAUUCCAGAAGCAACUACAUUUAUUUUUGCAACGUUAAAUUGGAAGCGAUAUGAGCUUUGAUAUUCCUUCACUGCAAAAAGCGGUACUUUUCGAGAACCCUGGUUCUGAUGCAAGGGUUGUUAUUCGCGAAGAUAUCGCAGUCGGAACCCCCGGGCCGUACGAAGUACUCGUCCAACUUGAAUUAACUGGAUUGUGCGGUUCAGAAGUUCGAGCGCUCCGUGGUUGGGGCAUCUACGAUCCCAUUGUAGGCCAUGAAGGUAUCGGCCGGGUCGUGAAAUUAGGGGAAAACGUCUCCGAGUCAUUGCUCGAGAAAAAGGUCGGAGUCAAGUGGCUCUACAGCGCCUGCGGAGAGUGUUCCGUGUGUUCACGUGGGUUCCCUAACAACUGCUCCAAGCAGCUGAAUACUGGCAAGCAUCGUCCUGGGACCUUACAGCGGUACGUUGUCGCGGACUCGAGAUACUUGACUCUGAUACCGGAGGGGUUGAGUGACGAUGAGGCGGGACCUUUACUCUGUGCGGGCCUCACGAUGAUGGGCGCACUUUCGAUGCUGGACACCGACUUAACUCGAGGCGACUGGGUCGUGAUCCAAGGCGCUGGAGGAGGGCUUGGUCAUCUUGGAGUGCAAAUUGCAUCUAAAAUGAAGGGGCUUCGUGUAAUCGCAGUAGACACGGGAGAUGAGAAACGGAAGCACCUGGAGAGUAGAGCGGAUGCAUUCAUUGACUAUGCAACUGACGACGUGGAGAAGUCAAUCAUGGAUUUGACUGGGGAGGGUGCUCACGCUGUCAUUGUCGUUCCUGGUUCAGAAGACGCCUAUCGAAUUGCACCAAAACUCCUCAGGUCAAUGGGAACGAUCAUUUGCGUUGGGCUACCUCGAAAUGAUUUCGAGUUGCCCAUCUCAGUCGCUCAGUGUGCCCUGAAAGCUCUGACAAUCAAGGGGGCUAUGGUUGGAACGGAAGAGCAAAUGACUGAGCUUCUUCAGGCAGCUGAGAAGGGCACGAUCCGGGCUUCCAUAGAUAUGUUCUCCUUCUCGCACGUUGCCGAGAUCAUGGCCCAGCUAGAGAAAGGAAAAGUUUUUGGACGGGCUGUAGUUAGCUGCCUUUGACACCCAUAGACCACCCGUAUACCUUUCAGAUUAUUUGAAAUGGCCUCAGCGUCUCUGAAGGGAAUAGCCUUGUGGAUAGUAGCCUUGGGACAAAUUUUCCAGAAGCUCUCCGCCGGAGUUACGACGCCCGAAAUGAGGAUAGCACUGAC